AUGUUAAAGCAUUCGACAUCGCAGCUGUCGAUCGACAAACAAUUGUGUUUCCAGGAAAACGUGGCGUUUCUGGUUCCCUGGGUGGUGGGCUGCAUGACAUUCAUGGCGCUGGAGGCAAUGGCCAUGGUCUAUUCCAAUAUACUUAGAGAUCAUGUAAACAAGCAAUUCGACUCUAUGUGCAAAGCCGAAAUAUCAUUCCUAGUACCCCGGAUACUCCUAAAUUGCCUCUGCAUAUGGUGCGUCCUGCGACUGUACCAUCUCCUGCGCGCCGGCGUCACUUGGAAGGGCGCGGCGCCCAUCGAGCUGUGACUACUGCCGCACGCCCCGGAGCCCUCCCAGCCCGCACAGCCCUGCGAGUCUACUUUACUCCUCGCCGGUGCUGAGAGCGACACCGAUGCCAGCCUCCAUGAACUAUGACGACGGCAUAAGUGCAGUGUUUUAAUGUAGAUGAUUGGAAAAAAUAUGUGUGCCCGGGCAAACUCGAUUUCAGGCUAAACCAGUUCAUCUUAAGCGUGACAGGAUAUAUUAGUUUAGCCCAAUCACCUUCUAUCACCUUCUAUCCAAUCACGUUUCUAUCAUUGAAAGAGCAGUUAAAAAAAUCUUACUUACUGUCCAACUGAUCCCGCAUGGUUCUGGCAUUGAAAAAGUAUAUAUUUGUAUCUGUUUCGAGGUGAUUAAAAAACAAAAUAAAUCGGACUAAGCUAGUUUAUUAUGACACGCUAACGAUGAACCAAUUUGGUCUAGGAGCAAACUAGUUUGGGCCUGAAAUCGAAUUUGGCCGAAAACAUAUUCAAUCAGGGCCCCCAGGUUUUUGUGCAAAUUUCCAGUUACCUCUUUUCGCAUUUGGGAACGGGUAGCCAGAGCUGGAUAUAGUGAUUAGCCGAGCGUUGACGGUCGAACAGAAUGGAGUCGCAUUUCGCCCGAUAUAUUUCGGUACUAUGAUGUACCUACACAGCAAACUGACCCUACUGGACCUGAUGGUAAGUGGAGUGGGGUCCAAAAAAAUGUCGACUGACGAGAGAUGAUUAUCUCUGCGUCUGUCAGAAACGUGCCGUGGCCGUGAACUGCACAAAAUAAAUGCGAUUCAAUUCUGCUGAAAUGAAAUUCCAAUUUGCAGUGGCUGUGUCGUUUUUACGACAAUUUUUCUAAUGUCAAGUUGGAAAAUCAGAAGACACCUGCUCUAACCCACACUGGACUUUAAAAAAGUCUUGAUAACAAAAUGUGUAGAACACAGUAUUGUUAUAUAAGAGUCUGUCACUUAAUCGACUCUGGAUACCUGUAAACUUAAAUGUUUAAAGAAACAGAGACGAGGUCAUAAACUCGUACUAAAAUAAUUUAUUGAAAUGUGGUUACAAUGUAAUUUGGCGUUUUUGAUAAGUGAAUAUUUGACAGUUUCACCAAAUGAUAAA